AUGAUUUUACUCAAAAACAUUAACUUCUUCUCCAACGAUGCGCAACAUAUCCUUAAAAAUAUCACUUUUGACAUUCCAACUGCUAAGGUGACUGCUAUUAUUGGCACGAGCGGAUCUGGAAAGACAACCCUCCUUCGCAUCAUAGCGGGUUUGUAUGAACCGACAAGCGGUGAAAUCUGGAUCGACGGGCAAAACCUAACGGUACUUCCAAAGACCAAACAACAGCAGGUUCGGAGCAAAAUGGCAAUCGUGUUUCAACACGGUGCCCUCUUUGAUUCACUCACGGCUUGGGAAAACGUUGCUUUCCCGCUUUAUGAGCAGGGUGCAAUGCCGCUUUCAAAGGUGAGAGAGGAGGCAGAGAAAUUGCUAGAGAUGGUUGAUUUACACGGUGCGGCAGAUCUCUCAAUUGAUCGAUGCAGCGGCGGGAUGCAGAUGCGAAUCGCCAUUGCCCGGGCGCUCGCCUCUUAUCCUGAAAUUAUCCUUUAUGAUGAACCCUCUAGUGGUUUGGAUCCAAUUGCACGAGGCCUAAUCUGUAAUCUCAUCCAGAAGCAACAGGUCCAGCAACGUAUGACUUCAGUGCUUGUUACCCAUCAAUUAUCUGCAGCGUUUCAAAUUUCCAAUCAUUUUGUUUUUCUAUACGAGGGGGAAAUCCUCUUUGAAGGAGCUGCCGAUGAAUUGAUGACAGCAAAAGACCCUUAUAUUCAACGCUUUAUUCAACCGCCGAGCCGUUCUUAUCGAGCAACCGACCUCGUGCACUUUUAA